UCUGUGGAUCANGAGGGCCUCUGCAAGGUCUUUGUCUCCACCUUCUACACCCUCACCCUGGCCACCUGCUUCUCCGUCACCUCCCUCUCCUACCACCGCAUGUGGAUGGUCCGCUGGCCCGUCAACUACCGCCUGAGCAAUGCCAAGAAGCAGGCCGUGCACACGGUCAUGGGCAUCUGGAUGGUGUCUUUCAUCCUGUCGGCCUUGCCUGCUGUCGGCUGGCAUGACACGAGCGAGCGCUUCUACGCCCACGGCUGCCGCUUCAUCGUGGCUGAGAUCGGCCUGGGCUUCGGUGUCUGCUUCCUGCUGCUGGUGGGCGGCAGCGUGGCCAUGGGCGUUGUCUGCACGGCUAUCGCCCUCUUCCAGACGCUGGCUGCACAGGCGGGGCACCGGGCUGACCGCCGCGCCUUCACUGUGCCCACCAUCGUGGUGGAGGAUGCACAGGGCAAGCGCCGUUCUUCCAUCGAUGGCUCUGAGCCCGCCAAGACCUCGCUGCAGAUCACAGGCUUGGUGGCCACCAUCGUCGUCAUCUACGACUGCCUCAUGGGCUUCCCCAUGCUGGUGGUGAGCUUCAGCAGCCUGCGGGCAGACACCUCGGCGCCCUGGAUGGCACUGUGUGUGCUGUGGUGCUCGGUGACCCAGGCCCUCCUGCUGCCNUGCUGCCUUCUUCUACCCACAGGGCACGUUCUCCUGCCCACAGACCCAAAGCCUUGCCCUGCAAAACUGAAGCGGGCGGCCCUCCCACGGCGUGGAUGCCCGACGCUGGGUUUUAGGGUGCCCCGAGCGCCGUGUANCCCCGACAGCGCCCCGCCGGGCGAGGACGCGGCGCCCCCUGGCGGCGCCGGCUCGCAGCAGAGCGCGGAGCCGCGCCCGGCCGUGCGUGGGCACGCUGGCCCCCUGCGGAGCGGCCUGAGCGCUUCGUGGGGCGAGUCCGGGGGCCACGCAGCAGGCGGCGGCGGCAGCACCAGCGGCUUCCUGAGCUCGCCGUCCGAGUCCUCGGGCUACGUCACGCUGCACUCAGACUCACCGGGCUCCGCAACCUAGGGGCCGCCCGCGGUGCCCAAGCACCCAAGAUGCCACCUGUCCCAGCCGGCCUCGGGACACGGCCUCACCGAGCCCGCCAAUGGCACCUGGACGUGUGCCAGCCCUCCCCAGGGCGGCAGGGCGCAGCAUUGUUGCCCCCAGGAAGUGGGCGUUGCCUAUAGGGGCGACUGCUGCCCUGGACGACUGUGCUGGGCCCUUCAUCAGAGAGAGGCCGCGCCUGGGUAAAGGUGGGCUCUGCACGUGCCCAGCCCCAGGGCAGCUGGGCUGGAGCACAGGAUGGCGGUGAGCCUGGGGACAGGGCCACCACCAGAUGGAACAAAGCCCGGCCCUGCAGGAGGGGAAGCCACUGGACGGCACCCAGCUUUCGACUCUGCACUAGAACUGUCUCACCUCAAAAGGCGGUAUACAGAGGGCCUCUAAGCACAGGGUCCUUCAGAGCCCAAACAAGUUCUCAGAGCAGGUCUCCCUGCUGACCGGUUCUGCCUCGGUUUCCCCAUCUGUGACAAGCAGGUGACCAUGUUAACUCUCAGGACUGUUUGAAGAAGUCUGCUGGUCCAUGGGCCCUGGCCAUUGAGUGGACAGAGCAUGAGAGAUCAUCUAGGACCCUCUGUGGGUCCUUGGUGGAGAUCAGGCUUCAGCAUGUGGCCUGGUGUGGUCCCAGGCCUGAGGCCUCCCACUCGCAGGGCCCCUGGCCCCCUUGGGAACUCACUGGGCACCCCAGCUAAAGCACAACACUUUUGCAUCAUCACCAUUGGCACCACACCCACCUUGACCACUGUUAGCAUCCCCACUCUCAUCCCUCCGUCAUUGCCUAUUGGCCACCUCUGUGACUCUGUGACCAUGUGAAGAUCAUGGGCACAUAAUGGGAGGGACUAAAGCAAAGGGGGAGUGGGUUUCCUCGUUCUGGUGCCACCCCCAGCCUCAUCCCCCACCCCGCAGGUCUGGCCAGGAAGGGAUCCUGGCUUACAGCCUCCUAGGUUCUAGGAUGAAGACCUGGGUCCUGGCAAGGGUCCUCCCCCACCCUGUGGGCAGGGUUUUUCUCUGCUCUCCCUCCUGGCAGAACCCUUGCAGGCCUGGGCUUUGGCAUAGGCCCUGGGGUAGGGGCCUGUUGGGUCUUCUGUGGGGGAAGCCCCUAGACAUAGGCUAAGGAGAGGCCCAGGAACAGCUAGAACCUUGAGUUGGAGGGACAGGGGCAUGUGCAGAGGCCGUCUCAUCCUGGGCCCUGCCUCCAUGCAGUGGCCCCUGAACGUGACGAUCUGGAGUGGGUUGAGGGCCAGCACAGCCUGCCUGCACACUGUCCCCUCCUGCUCUGACACCUGGAAUCGCAUCACUGCCUCUGCCCCUCCAGUGGCCAAACCAUUCUCCUCACCCUGGAGACUGGGUCCCAGCCCCAGAAGAGGCCACUGGGAACAUGGAGGAUAGACUGCCUGGCUGCAUCUCUGCUUUGGAGGCCUGUAGUCUCUGGCUGUGGGGUAACCUGAGGGAUGAGCUGUCCACGGGUGAGCAAAGCAGGAGACUUGCGGUCCAGCCCUGGCCAGUGCUGCUGUGCCUUCGAGGACCGACAUGUCAUGAGGUCAUCAGCUAGCCACUGUCCCCCCUCAAGCUGGCCUAUUUGUCACCUUGGGUUUUCACUCUGUAUUUCAUAUCCAACGGCAAUACUUGCAGGGGGGACAUGGUACCCCGAAGUCCCUCUAGUCCUGGAUUUUACAAAAAUAAAGAGGAGGGAGGACCCUGGGGCCCCCUCUCACUUUGUGCAGCUUCCAGGCCUGUUUGCUGCAUUAAGCAGCUUCACCCUGGGCAUAGUGGGGAGUUCUGUCUUCAUACCACCCAGCCCAAAGCCAGGGAUCCGUUUGUAGUUUUUUGACAACUAAGCAUUUCUGUACAGAAGCCAAUAAAAACUUCCUAUGAUUUGCACCCAGCA